CCCGCCCCCAUCUGCCCAAGAUAAUUUUAGUUUCCUUGGGCCUGGAAUCUGGACACACUGGGCACCCCCCCGCCCCCGACGUCUACGUCUAAAGUCGAGGCAUCCUCCUGCCACCUGUAGAGAAGCGGGAGCGGAUUUGAAAUAAAAUCCAGGUGUCUGGGGUCCCUAGACAGAGCCAGACUUUGGGCCCGGUGUCCUGCUGCUCCCGCAGGGGCUCCUCCAGCACAAAGGCCCACAGAUGGCUCCUUCACCCCGUCUUCUCCGUCAGAUGUCAUGGAGUUGGAUCUGUCUCCGCCUCAUCUCAGCAGCUCCCCAGAAGACCUGUGCCCAACCCCUGGGACCCCUCCUGGGACUCCCCCACUCCCCACGGCCCCUCUGCCUGGGGAGGUGACGCGGUCCCAGCCUCUGCCCAUUCCGACCAGCAGGAAACUUCGAGAGGAGGAACUGCGGGCAGCCUCUCUACCCUCCAUCCCCAACCCCUUUCCUGAGCUCUGCAGUCCACCCUCACAGACCCCCAUUCUUGGGGGCUCCUCUGGUGCAAGGGGCCUGCUGUCUCGGGAUGCCAGCCGCCCCCACGUAAUAAAGGUGUACAGUGAGGAUGGGGCGUGCAGGUCUGUGGAGGUGGCGGCGGGUGCCACGGCUCGUCACGUGUGCGAAAUGCUGGUGCAGCGAACCCAUGCCCUGAGUGACGAGACCUGGGGGCUGGUGGAGUGCCACCCCCACCUGGCACUGGAGCGGGGUCUGGAGGACCAUGAGUCUGUGGUGGAAGUGCAGGCCGCCUGGCCCGUGGGCGGAGACAGCCGCUUUGUCUUCCGGAAAAACUUCGCCAAGUAUGAACUGUUCAAGAGCUCCCCACACUCCCUGUUCCCAGAAAAGAUGGUCUCCAGCUGUCUCGAUGCACACACGGGCAUAUCGCAUGAUGACCUCAUCCAGAACUUCCUGAACGCAGGCAGCUUCCCCGAGAUCCAAGGCUUCCUGCAGCUGCGGGGAUCAGGACGCAAGCUGUGGAAACGCUUCUUCUGCUUCCUGCGCCGCUCUGGCCUCUAUUACUCCACCAAGGGCACUUCCAAGGAUCCGAGGCACCUGCAGUACGUGGCAGACGUGAACGAGUCCAACGUGUACGUGGUGACCCAGGGCCGCAAGCUCUACGCGAUGCCCACGGACUUCGGCUUCUGUGUCAAGCCCAACAAGCUUCGAAAUGGCCACAAGGGGCUCCGGAUCUUCUGCAGUGAGGAUGAGCAGAGCCGUACCUGCUGGCUGGCCGCCUUCCGCCUCUUUAAGUAUGGGGUGCAGCUGUAUAAGAAUUAUCAGCAGGCACUGUCUCGCCACUUGCGCCCGUCCUGUUUGGGGUCCCCGCCCUUGCGGAGUGUCUCGGAUAAUACCCUGGUGGCCAUGGACUUCUCUGGCCAUGCUGGACGUGUCAUUGAGAACCCUCGGGAAGCUUUGAGUGCAGCCCUGGAGGAGGCUCAGGCCUGGAGGAAGAAGACAAACCACCGCUUCAGCCUGCCUACCCCGUCCUCUGGUACAAGCCUCAGUGCAGCCAUCCACCGCACCCAACCCUGGUUCCACGGGCGCAUUUCCCGUGAGGAGAGCCAGCGGCUCAUUGGACAGCAGGGCCUGGUAGACGGCAUUUUCUUGGUCCGGGAAAGUCAGCGGAACCCACAAGGCUUUGUCCUCUCGCUGUGCCACCUGCAGAAAGUCAAGCAUUAUCUCAUCCUACCGAGCGAGGAGGAGGGCCGCCUGUACUUCAGCAUGGAUGAUGGCCAGACCCGCUUCACGGACCUGCUGCAGCUUGUGGAGUUCCACCAGCUGAACUGCGGCAUCCUGCCGUGCCUUCUGCGCCACUGCUGCACACGGGUGGCCCUCUGACCCGCCCCUCUUGCCGCCCCGAGCCUCAGCCCGACCUCCAGCGGCCCCCGGCCCCCAGGCCCAUCCAGGGGCCUCUGGUGCAGAAGGUGGUGACUCACUGGAGGGCUCUCCGACUCCAGCCUUUUCCGCUGCUCCUUUAGCCUCCCUCAGGUAGAAAAUGGCUCCCCAUCCAGCCCUCUCUCGACCCCUCUCCUCAAGGGAAGACCUCUGGUGUCCCCCUUCUCGGAGUUCCUGGGGCGCUGCUCUGGGGCAGGGCAUUAUGGGAGAAGCGGGGGCAGCCUAGAUGGUCUUAUGCCCCACACUUCGUACAGACUGAGAGGCCAGUUGAUCUGCUCUGUUUUAUACUAGUGACAAUAAAGAUUAUUUUUUGAUACA